AUCGGUCCCAUUGUUUUCGCUGCCAUUGUUACCAUAAUUUAAAAAUAGAAAUUUAAAAACUUUUUUACCUUCGGUUGGUACGACUGAAUAGUAAAAGUGAGUUUUAAAUAAAAGGAAUUUCUCGUUUAUUUAUCAGAGCUUUGUUUUGUUUGAAUAAUUCAAUUAUUUAUAAUAAACUAUUUUUUAAUUAACAAUCAGAAUGUUUACGAAAAAAGUUAUCAAUCUCACGUGCCUACAACUAAACCGCCUAAUGCCAAAAUAUAUGUCCAAUGCUACAGAUCCAUCAAGAUUAGAAAAAACAUUAAAUCAAGUUUGUUUACUUGGUCGAGUUGGAGGUGAGCCACAAAAACGAGGAACUGAAGAGCAUCCAGUUGUAGUAUUUUCAUUAGCCACACAUACAAACUAUAAAUAUGAAGGAGGUGAUUAUGUACAACGUACCGAUUGGCACAGAAUAUGUGUAUUCAAACCGUACUUGCGUGACAACGUUUACUCAAAUUUAAAAAAAGGCCAGCGUAUUUUGGUAAACGGAAGAUUGAGUUACGGCGAAAUAAAAGACGACAACGGGAAUCCUAGACCUACAACCGCUGUCAUUGCCGACGAAGUCAUAUUCUUCCAAACGCAUAAACAAAGCGAAUAAUCAUACUUCAACAAAAGAACAAUCUUGUAUUAAUUGUUACUAUUACUUUCUUCAUAACUAAUUUUUUUACUUUCUUUCAUGAAAUACCUCGUAAUAUAAGUGUGUUUUAUAAUUAUUUGUAUAAAAGUUGAAAGCUCAUAAUAAAAGGGUGAAAAUAAAUAUUAAUAAUAAGUAAAUGAUUUAAUAUUUACAUCGUUUGGAGUAAAUCCAUAACAAUUAC